AUGUCAACCACAACAUCAUCAUCAUCCUUACGCCAUUUUGUGUCUAUCAAAGACCUUUCUGAUGAAGAAUUCAAAAUUUUAGUUCAAAGAGCUCAGCAUUUCAAAAAUAUUUUCAAAGCAAAUAAGACAAAUGACUUUCAAUCCAACCAUUUAAAACUAUUGGGCAAAACCGUUGCCCUAAUCUUUACUAAAAGAUCAACAAGAACAAGAAUUUCGACUGAAGGUGCCGCUGCCUUCUUUGGUGCUCAACCAAUGUUUUUAGGAAAAGAAGAUAUCCAAUUGGGUGUCAACGAAUCAUUUUAUGACACCACCAAGGUUGUAUCUUCCAUGGUUUCAUGCAUUUUCGCCCGUGUAAAUAGACAUGAAGAUAUCCAAGCACUUUGUAAAGACUCUUCAGUUCCAAUUAUCAACUCCCUAUGUGAUAAAUUUCAUCCUCUACAAGCCGUUUGCGACUUAUUAACGAUAAUCGAAAACUUUGACAUUUCUCUAGAUUCAUUAAAUAAGGGAGGUAACUCCAAACUGAAAGUAGCAUGGAUUGGUGACGCUAAUAACGUUAUUAAUGAUAUGUCUAUUGCAUGUUUAAAAUUGGGUUUGAGCGUUAGUAUUGCAACUCCUCCCGGUAUUGAAAUGGACUCUGAAAUAGUCAACGAAGCCAAUGUAAUUGCUGAGAGAAACGGUGCGACAUUCGAACUAACGCAUGACUCUUUGAAGGCAUCUACUGGAGCUAGUAUACUGGUAACUGACACUUUUGUCUCCAUGGGUGAAGAAUUUGCAAAGCAGGCCAAACUGAAACAAUUCGAAGGAUUUCAAAUCAAUAAAGAAUUAACCGCAGUGGCUGAUCCAAACUUCAAAUUUAUGCACUGUUUGCCAAGACAUAAUGAAGAAGUCAGCGAUGACGUCUUCUACGGUGAGCAUUCCAUAGUUUUCGAAGAAGCUGAAAAUAGACUAUAUGCAGCUAUGUCUGCUAUUGAUGUCUUUGUCACCAACAAGGGUGAUUUCAUGCACCUAAAAUAA